AUGGACAGGAACUACCCCGGAGCCGGGUUCGGGGACCCGCUCAGCGCCGGGCCCGGCUGGAGCUACGAGCGCUCGGCCAAGGCCAGCCUGGUGUACGGGGGCUCGCGGGGGUCGCACCCCGACCCCGACCUGCUGCACCGGCAGCCCUACGGAGCGCCCCACCCGCUGCAGGGCUAUGCGGCCAACCACCACCCGCCAGGGCUGUCGGGGCUCUUCGAGACGGGGCUGCACCACGCGGGGGGCGCGGCCCCCGACGCCUCCGUCAUGAACCUGAUCUCGGCGCUGGAGUCGCGCGGACCCCAGCCCGGCCCCUCGGCCUCGUCCCUGCUCUCCCAGUUCCGCACGCCCUCCUGGCAGACCG